CCUUUCCCUUUCAUGUUUUUGAACAUUACUACCACUACUACUUCCCUUUCUUUUUGUUGUCUUUACACUCUAAUUUUAUACCUAAUUGGACCAUUAUUAUUUGGGUUAAUUGCAAGGAUGGUCAUUGGGUUUACUAAAACCAUUCAUGUUUGGUCACUGAAAAUAUUUAAUUUCAUUCAUGGUCACUAAGAUUAGUUCAAUAGUUCAAGUUUGGUCACUCUCCGUUAGUCUCCGUUAGUUUUUGCUGAUGUGGCAGUCAACUAUUAUAGUUGACUGUUAAAUAAGUGAUGUGGCCAAUAAUAAAAUAAUAAAAUUUAAAUAUUUACAAUUUCCUUCAAACCUAUCUGCGAUGCGGUGAACUCUCGAACUCCCCCCGGAUGAGGAAAUCAUGGGAAAUCAACGUUCACGCCAAGGGCAGCGGCGGCUAUCGAUUCGGAUUCAAAGCUAGAUUAGCAGAAACCAGGGACAGCAGGCUCCGUACUCGAUUCCCAUUCCUUUCCAGGCUCCACGAUUCCUUCUUCGAACCAACAACUACCUCAAAAGACCCCAAAUCACUCCACAGAUUCAAGCUAUCUUCCCCUUCAACUUCGAGAUCCAAGCACCACCGCUCCAAGAAGCACAAGAACCUUGAACCCGAGCAGAUCCCGAUUUCUCCACCCAAGAUCAACAACACUGCCAGUCCCUACAAGGUGAGCCGCUUCAUUCCGAGAUCCAGAUCUCUGCCGAACCCGGAAAAUAGUACCACGCUAUUUGAUGGGGCAAAGCCGAAACAGGACAACGACAACAGCCUGGGCUAGUCGAUUGUGAGAUCCGUGAAAUCCCUGUCCCGGUCGAUCGAAGAGAGAAGUUGGAGCGGGAUCUUGAUCCACGGUUGGUGCGUCGCGCUGUUCGCCUGGCUGCUGUUGAUGGAACGGUUUGGGAUUCUCAAGUGGAGAAAUUUAGCGGUCGUUUUGGUCGUGGCGGUUGUAGCUUGGGGAGUCGCAUCUCAGAAUGUGGUGGGCUCUGCCGACGACGAUGGCGGCGACCAAGGAAGGGUUCAGGAAGCUUGGAAAUUUACUGCAUCUUCUGGGAGUUUAGACCAGCUUUCCAUGGUACUAACAGGAUUUGCUAUGAACUGAUUGAGGAAGAGUCUUUCACUCUUUUGGGUAGUUGACAACAAUAUGUUUUCUCAAGUUUUGCUUCUUGUUUUCAGAUUGUCUUCUCUAAGAUUCGCCAGGCCGUUGGGCUUUGAUUUUGCAAGGACGGACGAUUGCAGAUUAACUCACUUGAGUUGAGUUUGGUAUUCUUCAUUCACAACAGAUUAAAUAUUUAAAAUUUAA